AUGGACCACAUGUCAAUCGAGAUCGUAAAUGACGAUAAUCUCCUUUCCUCCAUUAAACAAAAAAUGGUAUGCGCUCCUCCAUCCCAUUCUGUAUACAGAGUCCCUAACCAUCUUUGCAAAGAACACGAAGAAUAUUACUAUCCGUCCCUAGUCUCGAUCGGCCCUUUUCACCGAGGCCGCGAAAGUCUCAAGGCCACGGAGGACCAAAAGUGGCAAUACUUCAACACGUUGCUAUACCGAGAGCCCAACACCGAACAAACUCUCGACGACUGCAUAAAGGCAGUAAGAAAUGCAGAACAAAAGGCGAGAGAAUUUUACGGUGAGAAAAUUACUAUGUCUAGCAAUGAGUUUGUCGAGAUGUUGUUGCUCGACGGAUGUUUCAUAAUCGAGCUCUUUCUCGAGUUUUAUUUCGAGAACUUGAGGCGUAGGGACGAUCCAUUCUAUAGCUCCCAAGAUUUAAUCCAACGGUUGAGGUGCGACUUGAUUUUGUUCGAAAAUCAACUUCCGUUUUUCGUGGUGGACCAAAUUUUUCGACUAGUCCCUAUCCCAAAACAUUUCCGUGUUCCUUCGCUCUUCGUGCUCGCCUCGCGUUUUUUCGAGAAGCUAAUCCCGGGCGAUCGUGCGGAGUUCGAUAAUAAUGACGAAUUUGCCCCUCGUACGUAUCACUUACUCGACCUCAUCCGACAACACUAUCUUCCUACAAUUGUCGAAGCGAAGGUUUUGUCGAGUGGAGGGGAGGCAAAGGUUCCUCAGGCGACGCAACUUUCGGCUAUUGGGAUAAGAGUCGAGAGGGCCAUUUCGGAAAGCCCGACGAAUAUAAGUUUUUUCAAAAGAAAACUCGAGAUCCCGUCUCUAGAAAUAAAUGUUUACACCGAGUUUUUAUUUAGAAAUCUCGUCGCGAUGGAGAUUUGCGACCCGCAUUGUACGAAACACUUUACGUCUUAUGUUGUUAUAAUGAAGAGGCUCGUUCGGUCGAGGAGGGAUGUGAGAUUGCUUCAUGAAAAGGAAAUUCUUGUGGGUGUGCAUGAAAAAGAGGGAAAGAUUGUGCAUUUUUUUCAGAGGCUUGUAAAUGUGGAUUUGAAUGAGAAGGAUUUUCACUGUAAGGGGACUUGUGAACUGAUUAGUGAAUACCAAAAGAGGGGAGAGGGUGGAGUGUGUUGGAAAAAUGUGAGGCAAGUGUACCACACGAGUCACUUGGGAAUUGUAGGUUUGAGCUUGGUCGUGUUGUUUUUGGUGGUUCUUUUCACGGGAGGAUUGAUGGUAGCCAUUUAUUUUCUUUCCCACUAA